AUGAGAUACGGUAUCUCUAUUUUCAAUAUUUUGUUGGCUAUUCUUUGCCAAUAUGCUUCUCAUUACAAACACUCAUUGACUUUUACUUUAAUUGGCUUCUUAUGGUACAUUUCGGGUCCUUACUUUGUUCGUAGAUGGAAGUUAAUUGCUGCUGUAACUUUAAUAUCAGCUGCAUUUGGUUUCUCUAUCUGUUGCACUGCAUAUACACAAAGCAUUCUGUACACUUUGUCUUUCUCUAACUGGGUUUCAAGUGCAUUCAUACUUGUUCUUGCCUGUAACUCUUUAGACUACUUGGAUGCUAUUUUAAAUACUUACCCCUAUUUGGUACAACCUAACAAGCUGAAACAGGCUCAGUUACAAGAUGCUACUUCUUUUAUUUAUUGGGUCUAUAUGUUCCGUCUAAUUUGUGCCUUACCAUCUGAGUGCGAACUCGACCCCUCUCCAAUUGAAGAUCUUGAAACUGCUAUUAAGGUUUUAGGUCCUGCUUCUCGAUCCUGGAAGACUAUGGCUGCCUUAUUUCCUGUGAAUCUUCGUCAAGACCUCUGUUUGUUGUACGCGUUUUUCCGUACUGCUGACGACUUGGUUGAUGAUGCUCCUACACACAAACAAUGCACUCAAAAUUUGGUGACUAUUCGUAAAUUCUUGCGUGAUGUGUUUUCACCAGCCAAGCCAAACGAACUUCAGUCAAGAGACUCAUUACCUUCACAUGUCAACUGGGACCACUAUGCAAGCUUGCUUCCUAACGAAGAAGUGUUAACAAUUUUCAAGAACUUUGCCCGUAUUUCUCAUUAUCUUUGUCCCCGUGCUAUGUCUGAGCUUACUGAUGCAUGGGAACAUGAUCUUCGUGGAGAGCCUGUGAGAAAACAGAAGGACUUAUUGAACUAUGCUGCCUUGAUUUCUGGUACAUUUGGUGAGCUCUGUACAUGUGUUAUCAUGUAUAAAACUGGUCGAGGUAACUGGGGACAACAAUUCAAGAACGUUGCACGAAACGAAGAUGUACUAGCAAGAGCAAGGGCUACUGGUCAGUGCCUUCAGCUUGUUAACAUUGCUCGUGACGUGAUUGCUGACAGUCUUGUUGGUCGUUGCUAUGUUCCUCUUCAAUACAUGUCUUUUCCUUCUGAAAACAUUUACCGUCUUUUGAAGGUCGAGAAAACUCCCUACGUUGUUGGUGAACAAACAUUGAAAUCUUUCUCUCUCCGUAUUCUUGAACUUGCCGAUCAAAUCUCAGACAAAGCUCAAAAGGGUAUUGACGGGUUACCCGAAGAAGUGCAAGAUAGUAUUCGCGCUGCUUUUGAAAUAUACAUGGCCAUUGGUCCUACUCUACGCAAUGAUCCUGGAUUCCCUUUACGUACCAAGGUACCCAAAAGUCAACAGCAAUGGGUUGCUCUUCGUUGCAUCUAUGGUUUUAGAGGACCUGUUGCUCGUGCAGUUACUUGUACUUUCUACGAAAUGGUGUCUCUCUAUUCUAGGGCUUUUGCGCGCCUUACAAAUACAAGAAAAACCUCCAAUGUUCACUAA